ACUCAGUUCGUGAGAUAAGCGACUCAGUGAUCAUCAAACUCUGCUUGGAACAGGUGACAAUGGAUCCAAAAAUAAAAAACACGCCUAAAGACUUUGUGUUUAUUUACUUCCAAAAUUUUAUCAAGAAUUUUCGAAAGACCUACAGCAGCAUAGAAGAAUACAAGAUGAGGUUCCAAAUCUUUCGGGACACCUACGACACGGUUCAAGAGGCCAACGCCAUGUAUCCUGACGCCAAACCUCCUCCCUUCAUGAUCAACACAUUUGCUGACAGAAAACGCGAUGAACUGGUAAACUACUAUGAUGGAUUCAUAUACGAAGACUAGUAUUGAAAUUGACAUUUGAUAAAAGCACGUGUGUUAAAUAAACGUCAAGUAAAACCUGAAUGUGAUAUGUUAUAAUAUGUCAGAACAAUCAUCGCCAUCUAAAGGCAGUGUUUAAUAUUUAUUUGUAUCAGUUCUUUAAACGAUAAACUGUCUAGUUUAAAAAUAAAUAUUAGUCCUGAAAUAUGUCUAAAUGCAGUUGUGCAGAUUGUAUUUGAUAUGUUUGAAUAAAUAUGUUUAUCUAGACUGAUUCUAAAUGUUCUUUUGUACUAAACUCUCUUCUAUUAAAAUAUUCAUUUCAUGUAAUUUGAGUUUUUUCCGAAUUGUAAUUAAAAGGUACGAUAUGAUAAAAUAUGUAAGAAUAAUCUACUAAAGACAGUGUUUAAUAUUUAUUCGUACCAGUUCCUUAAACGAUAAAGUACUUAGUUUAUAAAUAGAUAUUAGCCCUUAAAUGUAUCCAAAUUCAGUUGUGCAAAUUGCAUUUGGUAUGUUUGUUUGAAUAAAUAUUUUUAUUUUGUCUAGACUGA